AUGAUAUCUGCUGGAACGACGCUUGUUCAGCCUUCUACGCCUAUAAGUUCCAAAAUAUCUUCAACGUCCAAGGUCAUUCGGCGUAACUAUGCGUCUGAGGCCUCCAAUUCGAAAGCCAGCCUUCCUCAUUUCGAUAAGAUACUUGUUGCGAAUAGAGGAGAGAUUGCUUGUCGCGUCAUCCGCACGGCGAAGAAACUUGGGAUACGGACAGUGGCAGUGUAUAGUGAGGCAGAUAAAGACGCGCUGCAUGUCAAGAUGGCAGACGAAGCGUACUGCAUUGGGCCAGCGCCUUCGUCGGAAAGUUAUUUGAAGAUGGAGAAGAUCAUUGACGUGUGCCAUCGUAGUGGUGCCCAGGCAGUACAUCCAGGUUACGGCUUCCUCAGCGAAAACGCAACAUUCUCGAAGCGACUCGCAGAGGAAGGCAUCGUUUUCAUUGGCCCUCCCGCGAGUGCGAUCAUUAACAUGGGUUCAAAGAGUGAAUCGAAGAACAUUAUGACCAAUGCUGGUGUUCCUUGUGUCCCCGGGUAUCAUGGUAAUAAUCAAGAUCCCGAUUUCCUGUUUACAGAAGCCCAGCGAAUAGGAUUCCCUGUAUUGAUCAAGGCAAUUCACGGAGGCGGAGGAAAGGGCAUGCGUACAGCGACGACUCCCAGUUCAGCUGCAUUCCAUGAGGCUUUAUCGUCCGCCAAACGCGAAUCUCUCAAGGCAUUUGGAAACGACACGGUUCUUGUAGAAAAAUAUAUCGAAACACCGAGGCACGUAGAGGUCCAGAUAUUUGCUGAUACCCAUGGAAAUGUGGUUAGUCUUUGGGAGCGUGAUUGCUCGGUUCAGCGAAGAAACCAGAAGAUCAUCGAGGAGGCACCGGCACCUGAUCUUUCACCAGAACUUCGCGAAGAUCUGAGCACCAAAGCAAUCUCUGCAGCAAAGGCUGUUCGCUACGUUGGAGCCGGAACGGUGGAAUUCAUCUUCGACAAUGACACCUCGAAAUUUUAUUUCAUGGAAAUGAACACUCGUCUUCAGGUCGAACACCCUGUCACCGAAAUGAUAACCGGAUUAGAUCUGGUAGAAUGGCAACUUGAGGUUGCUGCAGGUAAUAUGCUUCCAUUGGCUCAAGGUGCGAUACCCAUGGUGGGACACGCUUUCGAAGCGCGCAUAUACGCAGAGAACCCGCGAAACAACUUCUUGCCCGAUUCUGGCACAUUGCAUUACUUGUCUACACCAACACCGACCCACAUAUUUGCUCCAACAUAUCCACUAGUGGAGGCAUCUGGUUCCUCGCCACUUCGGCCUACGGAAAAGUCUGCGUCUGGCCUCCAGAUCAUGCCAUCUCUACGCAUCGAGCAAGGUUUCACCCAAGGUGCACAGAUAGGGGUGUUCUACGAUCCCAUGAUUGCGAAAGUUGUAGUUCACGGAAGGGACAGAGUCGAAGCGCUGAGAAUGCUACGCCGCGCGUUAGAUGAAUACCAUGUUGUUGGUGUUUCUACGAACGUGGAAUUCUUGAGGACUCUAGCUGGAAAUAAGGCAUUCAUUGACGGCAAAGUCGAGACAGGCUUUAUUCCGAAACACUUUGAUGAGCUCUUCCCGCCUUUGAAAAGACCGGACUCAAAGGUUUUGGCCCGAGCGGGUCUUUAUGCUGCAACCAGGCACCAGAAGCAAACACCCAACCCCGCUGCGACUCCCUGGACAUCACUUGCUUCGCGUCGUUUCGGCGGGGAUGAAUAUAGGUGCAGCUUCAAAUUCCAGACAGAGGGCUUGGAAGAAGAAGCAACUGUUGUCGUCACCCAGAAGUCCUUGAGCCUGUGGGAUGUUGUUGUGCAAAGAGGGGAGACCAUUGACCAUUUCCCUUCUGUGCCCGCUCAACUAGUGGAUUCCAAAACACUUUCAACAACACUCAACAACAAUGCUACCCAAACGAUCAUCGUUUCACAAUCUCCACACCCGUCUGUCCCAGCAUCACAAGCCCAAAAUACAAUGGAGCGUCUGCAUGUCUUCAGCGAAGGGCAGAAAACAACCCUGGUCAUACCCUCUCCGAAGUGGUUAUUGUCACUUGGAGGUCGCGCACUCGGUGCACUCGGUGCCCUAAAAGCACCAAUGCCCAGUUUGAUUGUGGAAUUGCGCGUCAAAGUUGGCGAUCAUGUCGAGAAGGGACAAGCGGUAGUAGUGAUUGAAAGCAUGAAGACAGAGACCGUCCUUCGUGCAAAUGCAGCAGGUGUUGUGAAGGCUGUUGGCUGCAAGGCCGGUGAAAUGGUCGAGGAAGGUCGGGAGCUGGUAGAUAUUGAGGCCAAUGAAUCAUGA